GGAGUGUCCUGGCGUGGAGCCUCCAUUCCUAUAGAAAUUGGAAAGCCAUCGAUUGAAGGAAAUUUCGCUAUGACACCAGCUUACUUCCGCCCAUCUACCUACAUGCCCGCACAUACUGUGAGCGUAGGGUAGGGGGGACUUAGAAAGGAGGAGAAAGGGAGUCCCUGACAUGCACUUUGUCGGAAUCUUGCCUUUGUCUUGGCGUAGGAUUAACCAGUUUAGAGGCAGUAGUAUAGGACAUGGGGGUAGGAGCGCAUUUUUCAUAUUCCGGAAUUCCUGGAAGUGGCCAAAUGGGUUUUUCCUGGAAUUGGGGGGAUCACGUGACCUGAUCGAGGCUUAAAGACAUAUAUCAUUAUAUUAAUGAGCGCAGAUAUUAGAAAUAUUAUAUAUAUAUAUAUUAAUAAUAUAAUGAGAAAUCGUAAUGAACUAGUCAGAAGGCUAUUAUCUGGAAUCAAAAUGAGUGAACUCCAAAAUCUAGUUAAUAUAAGGGAAGAAGCGAAUCGCCCUAUUCCCCCUUAAAGAAGAAGAAGACAACAACAAGAAGUAAGGAGAAAUGUCCAACAAUUAAUACAGGAUUUUGAGGAUAAUCCUAUUCCACAAUAUCGGCCUCGUCCUGCACCUCCAACAAAGAAACAACAACCAGUACUAGCCCCUAGAACACAAAUCAGUGAGAAAUGAAGGGCUAUGAAUGGUUAUACUAGAUUAUUUGAGAUAUCAUUAAAGUCUGAUAGAGAUGCCUUAGUACAGCUACAAAAUACUAGACUGGCAAUUACUAGAUUGUUUGAUACUAUACUUAGUAAUACAAAAGGUUUCAAAUUUUGGGGAGACUCUUAAGGUUUACUUUUAUUAAAAGAAAGGAUGAUAUUAAUGUAAAUAAGCCACCCUAUUCUAAUAGUAGGGCGCAGAUUGUAAUUAAUCCCAAUGAUUUUUACCAAGCCUAGAAUUAUCACAGCAGCAAAUAUUGAAUGGAAAUGGUGUAUGGCUGUCUGAGGGUAGUGGCUGGACUAUUUUUAACAUUGAUGAGCACUAUAUUAAUACUGUUGUGUAUGAUGUAUUGAAAGGUUCCUCUUAUAUACCACUACGACGGAACUUAGUAAUUCAAUCAUGGGAUUAGUUAGCAUUAAAGAUGAAGAUAAUGAGUGUUUCAGAUGGUGUCACAUCCGCUAUUUGAACCCACAGAAAAAAAGAUCCCCAGCGGAUCAAAAAAAUCAGACAGAGAAGUAUUGCUAGACUUGGAUUAUGAUGGUAUUGAGUUUCCUAUUAGUAUAAAAGAUUAUGCUAAACUUGAGUGGAAAGAUACUGUAAAUAUUAGUGUUUUCGGCUAUGAGAACAAACAAUUUUAUCCUAUUUGUUUCCAAAGAGUGUAACGAGGAAGUUUUGAACCUACUGCUUAUAACGGAGGGCAAGAAGAAACAUAAUGUUCUUAUCAAGGAUUCUAAUAGCUUACUGUAUAAUAAGACCAAACAUAAGGAGAGAAAGCAUUUUUGGGUGCACUGUCUCCAAUGUUUUAGUACUGAAGAGAUACUUUCCAAUUAUAAGACCAACUGCAUGGUAAUCAAUGGUCAGCAGUCUAUCAGGAUGCCACAGAAAGGGAAUAAUAUGUUACAGUUCCAAAAUUAUCCUAGGAAGAUGCCGGUACCAUAUGUAAUAUAUGCAGAUUUUGAAGCUAUCACGGAAAAGAUAGAAGGAUGCUUCCCUAAUAAUACUAAAUCUUGUACUGACAAAUAUCAAAAGUAUACGGCGUGCAGCUAUGGUUAUAAAGUAGUCUGCUGUUAUAAUGACAAAUAUACUAAGCCUGUAGAGAUUUACAGAGGAGAGGAUCCAAUAAAGAAGUUUAUGCAGGAGAUGCUUAAGGAGGUAGAAUUUUGUAAGAAUAUGAUCAGUACUAAAUUUACGAAACCGCUGAAGAUGACGGAUGAGGAUGAGCAAUGUUUUAAAACUGCUCAGGAGUUCCAUAUUUGUGGUCAAAAGUAUAGUGAUAAAGAUAUCGGUGUUAGGGACCAUUGUCAUAUCACUGGACAGUACAGGGGAUCAGCACAGCAAGAUUGCAACCUUAAAUUAAGAAUUAGUUCAAAGGAGUUCAAGACCCCUGUCAUAUUCCAUAAUCUGCGGGGGUUAUGA